GAGUCUUGUUGAGCCAGACCAUGUUCUUCAAUCGAACCCACCUCAUGAAACUGAAAAAACUACUCUUUUCUUCCCAAAGAUCACUGUUAUUACUCAAUCAAGAGCAACCCACUUACAACUACACCCAGAAAUGCAACUACGUAGAUGUGAAGAUGAAAUGGAAGAAGGACGCCUUUUAUGAUUCCAUUGAAAUCAUUCACAAGUCCCCGGAACUCAAAGCACUAAUCUCUCUCAAAAACUGUAUUGUUAACGCAUCUGACGAUUGCAUUCCAAUCGAUGCUGUCUCCAAGAGGGGACGAGAAUUGGGAGUACCCAUGAAAGUUGCCAGGUUUAUGAGGCAAUAUCCAUCGGUUUUUGAAGAAUUUGCAGGCCCAAAGUACAACCUCCCCUGGUUUAGAUUGACGCAAGAAGCCAUUAAUCUCGAUAAAGAAGAGAGGGGGGUCUACUCUGAUCAGAAUUUCGAACUUAUUUUAAGGUUGAAGAAGCUGAUACUGAUGACCAAGCAGAAGAAGCUUCCGUUGAGGAUCAUUGAAGGUAUGCUAUGGUACUUGGGGUUGCCAGAGGAUUUCCUACAAAACCCAGGAGCAAAUCUUGACAAGUCGUUUAAGUUGGUUGAAAUGGGGGAUGGGCUUCAAGGACUGACUGUUAAUCCAGAUAGGAGUAUCAUGUUGUCUGUAAUGCAGAAAAAUGCCUUAAAGAGAGGUAACUAUAUAGAGGGACCAUCAGCACCACUUGCCUUUCCUCUUUUCCCUUCCAAAGGUUUGAGGUUGAAGAGGAAAAUCUCCAAUUGGUUAGAUGAAUUUCAGAAACUACCGUAUGUAUCCCCUUAUGAAGACUCUUCCCAUCUGAAUCCAUGUAGUGAUGUAUCGGAGAAACGGGUUGUAGGCGUUCUUCAUGAAUUGCUCAGUCUCUUUGUUGAUCAAUCUGCUGAGAGAAAGAAGCUUCUUUGUCUUCGUACCCAUCUGGGGUUGCCUCAGAAAUUCUACAAGGCAUUUGAUCGUCAUCCCCACAUGUUCUACCUGUCACUAAAGAGCAAGACAUGCACAGUGAUUCUCAAAGAAGCUUACAAUGAUGAUUCAGCAAUGGAGACCCAUCCCAUCUUGGAGGUGAGGAAGAAGUACAUCAAACUGAUGAAUGAAUCAAAGAUUAUUUUGAAAGAUAGACGACAAAAGAAGCGGUUCGAUGGGUUGGGAGAUUACAAUUCUGAAGUAGGCACGGAUUCUGAAGCUGAAGACAGAUGUGCAGUAGCUUUGUCAUACAGGUAUGGAAAGUCAAUACUCAAUAGGCAUAGCAUGUACAAGGUGUUUGGCAUGGAAUUUGUACUUUUUCCCCAGAAUGUAAUUUGCACUUUCUAAUUCUAUUGAAGUGUUUGACAUGGACUUGGUACCCAUUUUUUAUUAUACAGGUUGGUUUGUUAACAAAAGUUCAGCAUGGUAACCUGGUUAAAUGAUCUUAAUGAUCCCAGAGAUGGUCUUUUUGUGGAUGAUAAUGUUUGAUUUGUAACUUCGUGAGUUUUUUAAGUGCAAUACCUGUUGGUCUUUUAUGGAUGGUUGAAACCUCAAUAAAUCUGAAACUUGUUUUCCAAGGUCCAAAUAAUGACCUUUUAUAUAGCUUAUGAGUUCUAAACCAUCUAAGACCAGAAUUCUUCCACUCAUUUCAGAUAGGAUAUUAUGCAAGAAUCAGAACAGUUAUGUGAUAAGAUAUGGUCAUGGUUGUUUUUCAUAAUGUUGAAAGAAUAGAGCAUGCAGUAGAUAUCCACCUUUAGAUAUGGCAAAAGAGGAUAGGCAUAAUUCUCUGGAGGUGAGGGCAGUUUUGGUUUGGACUUUAUGGGAAGAAAGAAACAAUAAAAUUUUUCAAGAGAAAGAGAGAAGCAUGAAGUGGUAAUAGAGUGUAAAGUCUUGAGGGUGGUAUGCUGGAUUAGAACCUUGGACAAUUUUUCACAGUUCUCCAUUGAUGGUAUCUGGAGGAAUUCAGGUACAGUGACAAAAAGCUUUUCAUGUACAAGCUUAUUUCCUCUUGGAUCCCUCCUGAAGAAGACUAUUAAACUUAACUUUGAUGGAAGCAUCUUAGGCAACUUAGGGCCUUCAGGAAUAGGAGGGGUUAUUGCGUUGUUCAGUUGUUCUCGGGUCUGGUUGGUAUGGGAGAUUCAGCUAGAUCUGAGCUUCUUGCUUCUCUUGAAGGUUUACCAUUAGAAAGACAGUUGAGCUUCAAUAAAUUGGUAAUUGAAGGGGAUUCCAAGUUGGUGAUAGGUUGGUUUAAGAACCCAGAGAUAGCUUUAUAGGUUUUGAGGGAGGAGAUGAAGAGAUUAAAAUGGAUUAGCAGUAACCUGACACUAAAAAUACAGUGGGAAAGAAGAGCAGCUAAUGAAAUGGCAGAUACUCUAGCCAACCAAACAGGGGGUUACCAGGGAUCAGUUCUGGGCCCAUUUGUAAUCUGUCUUUAGUUUGGGAGGGUGCACCUCACACCUCUCUUUGAGCCUUGUACUUUAAUCAUCCUCUAAUAAAAUUUACUUAUUACUGAUCAAAAAAAUUGUUGAAAGUAUAGAGACCCUUAAGCCAGUUUAUCAGUGGUGGGGUUGAAAGUUGUUAGUUGUGACACACUGUCUUUCAUGCCCCCUUGGAUAAGUAUUGUAAUAUGUAGGCAGACAGAAUGUUACAUACUUCAUGUAUUUCCCCAUUAGGAUGGACUAAGAUAUUGUUUAACAAUGCAAUGUGACAGCUCUAGGGUCCUUGCAUGACAAGRACUACAUGUUCUCUCCUGUAAACAUGAUGCAUAUGCUCUUGGAUCCAGAGUAUUUGACUUGAUCACCUAAAACAUUUUUUUUAUCAGUAAAAAGACUUAUAUUAAUAACAGAGAAGUAUUGAAUUACAAUAGAUAUAGGUUGCAGUAAUCCAUUAACCCAAUCUAUAACCCAGUCUACAGACACAUACAAAACAGUUAUAGUUCAGCCCGGUCGGUACAAGGUAGGUCUAUUUGCCCCCUGUUUUGCUAGGGUAUCCGCCAACCCAUUUGCAGUCCUUCUAACCCAACCAAACUGAGAGUUGAACCUCCUUGCAAUUGUGUCAGUUUCUCUGUAGAUAAAUUUGAACUUCCAAGGUACUGAUGUGAUGUUUUUAGCCCAAGAGAUGACCAGUAGUGAGUUUCCUUCUAUUUCUAAGUCUGUUGUUCCAAUCUGCUCAGCCAUCUUUAAGCCUUGAAGAAGAGCCAGAGAUUCAGCCUAUGUUGAGUCACCAAUGCCUAUUGGUCCUGAGAAGAGUGCCACAACUUCACCUAGAUGAUUUCUUAUCACACCCCCUAUGCCUGCCCUUCCUGGGUUACCAAGAGAACUCCCAUCAAAAUUUAGUUUCAAUUUGUUCAUUGCAGGUGGCUUCCAUUCCGCUCUCACAUCUUCUUUGGGUACAUCUGUCUGUGCUACUUCAGUCCAAUUUCUUAGAAUGUCAUUCAGGGAGAAUUUUUUGAAUAGUUCCAUGGUCAUUACCCAAUGUAAACAUUGAUAAGGGAAAAAGGAAUGGUAUAUGAUAAUGACUACAAGUUCUUCCCCAUAAACAUAGUCCACAGUAUCUGAUCUAUAGGGAACCUUUGUGUUGCUUAUGGCCCAGAAAUUAAUUGGAUAGCUAUUAAUAUGAUCAUCCAUGUACCUCUUUCUUGACAAAUUCUCAUGACUGUAUUAACUGCAAAAACUAAGCAAUGAAAUUUCAUG